AUGGCUACAGGUGCCAGCGGGAUCCCCAGUGCCACACAGGAUGAGGUGGACAGAUCAUGCCAGAAGGUGCAGUUCCAGCAGGUAUUUGCAUCGCGCAAGGGCUCCCACUACAUACAGAUCCAGACUAAGGAGACUACUGAGCACACCGGCACGCCAGACCAGAACAGAGCCAGCCAUGUCAUUGAUGAGCUGGAGCGGUUUGACCGGGAACAGCAACGGCAGACCAGCAAUGUCAUCCAGGCCGGGGAGCACGAUGAAGCCAACCCAUGGCUGCGGCGGACCAGAUGGCCGGUGUACUUGACCAACAUCGUCUCUCAAUGA